UUCUUUACCGGCCAACGAAAUUUCCCAAAAUUCUCGUGUUUCAGGAAGUUGGAAAAUUGAAAAGUUUCAGAAAGAAAUCAAAACGCUCUCUCGGAUUGGGUUUUUUCCAUAACAUUUGAAGCCAAUCUCAUCCAAAUCUGUCGCGAACUUAUCCAAAAUCUUCAGCUAUGGAGAAAUUGAAAUUCCUUCUCGAUUAUGAUGAAUAGCAGUCCAGUCAUAAGCAAGUUUGAGCAGAGUGAGCUUUCCAUAAGCACUACUAUAAGCUCUGGUAUCUGUUCCAAGUGAUUUGAAUCGAUGCCAAUGGAGGAUUCUUCUCUUCCUCAAGACUCGCUUUUCCUUGGAUUCGACAGCUCUACUCAGUCAUUGAAGGCAACUGUGUUGGACUCCAAUCUCAACAUUCUGGCAACAGAGCUGGUUCACUUUGAUUCCGAGUUGCCCCAUUACAAGACCAAAGAUGGAGUCUAUCGAGACACCACUGUUAAUGGCAGAAUUGUUUCACCUACAUUGAUGUGGGUGGAAGCUUUUGAUCUCAUCCUUCAAAAGUUAUCGAAAUCGAAUUUGGAUUUUGGGAAGGUUUCUGUGAUUUCUGGGAGUGGGCAGCAACAUGGUAGUGUUUAUUGGAAUCCUGGAAGUGCUGCCCUCUUAUCAUCAUUGGACCCUGGCAAGACACUGGUCGAUCAGCUUGGAAGUGCCUUUUCGAUCAAGGAAUCACCGAUAUGGAUGGACAGUAGCACCACUGCUCAGUGUAGAGAGAUUGAAAAUGCUGUGGGAGGUGCGUUGGAGUUAUCCAAGAUUACCGGAUCCCGUGCAUAUGAAAGAUUCACAGGUCCUCAAAUUAGAAAGAUCUUUGAGACACAGCCUGAAGUUUAUCACAAUACUGAGAGAAUUUCCCUUGUUAGCUCCUUCAUGGCAUCUCUUCUUAUUGGGGCUUAUUCUUGUAUUGAUGAAGCUGAUGGCAGUGGCAUGAACUUGAUGGAUAUCAAGGAAAGAGUCUGGUCCAAAGUAGCUUUAGAGGCCACGGCACCAGGUUUAGAAGAAAAGCUAGGAAAGUUAGCCCCUUCACAUGCUGUUGCUGGUCAUAUUUCGUCCUAGUUUGUGGAGAGGUAUGGUUUUAGCAAGAAUUGCUUAGUUGUUCAGUGGUCUGGAGACAACCCUUGCUCUUUAGCAGGUUUAACCUUGAGCACACCAGGUGAUCUGGCAAUUAGUCUUGGAACCAGUGACACCGUAAUUGUUUUCAUGAUCAUACAUUGCUUUUUGAUCUGUCCACACUUGUCAACCUGGUCAUUGGAAGGACAUGUUUUUACUAAUCCUGUAGACCCAGAGAAUUUCAUGGUUAUGUUGGUAUACAAGAAUGCAUCCCUGACUCGUGAAGAUAUGCGUAAUCACUGUGCGGAGAAAUCGUGGGAUGUGUUCAACAAGUUUUUGCACCAAACACAACCUCUUAAUGGUGGAAAAAUUGGUUUCUACUACAAGGAGCAUGAAAUUCUUCCUCCCCUUCCAGUUGGCUUCCAUCGGUACAUUCUUCAACAUUUCACGGGUGACACUCUAGAAGGCCUGCAUGAAAAAGAAGUAGAGGAAUUUGAUCCACCUUCCGAGGUUCGAGCAUUAAUUGAGGGACAAUUCCUCUCCAUGAGAGGUCAUGCAGAAAGAUUUGGGAUGCCUGCCCCUCCAAAACGAAUAAUCGCAACAGGCGGUGCAUCAGCAAAUGAUAGUAUUUUACAUUCAAUAGCAUCAAUUUUCGGCUGUGAUAUCUAUACAGUUGAGAGACCCGAUUCGGCUUCCCUAGGAGCUGCUUUGAGAGCCGCUCAUGGUUGGCUGUGUAACAAAAAGGGCAAUUUUGUACCAAUCUCGUGCAUGUACAAGAACAAGUUAGACAAGACAACUCUCAAUUGCAAGCUCGUUAUGCCUGCUGGAGAAGAAAAGCUAGUUUCCAAGUAUGCAUUGUUGAUGAAGAAGAGAAUGGAAAUAGAGAACGGUCUUGUGCAGAAGUUUGGUCGCAACUGAAGCGAAUUGCUGGACCUUUAAAUGGUAAAGACAUUUGUUCAAUAAAUUAAGCUGCAAAUAAAGGAAACAUAUUUUCCCGGGACAAAACUUCCACUACUCGUUUUUAUAAUUUUUUUUCUUUUCAUAAAACAGUCUUGCGUUCGA